AUGAUCCAAACCCACCACCACCCCUCCUCCACAUCCGGCCUCUCCUCCCUAACCACCCUCCUCACCACCCCCACCACCUCCCUACUAAUCGACCCUCCCUUCCUCCUCCCCGACGCCCAAGCAACCCUAACCUGGAUAAAAACCCUCACCCCACACCCCCCAGUCGCAAUCUUCCUCACCCACCACCACCCAGACCACUACUUCUCCGCAAACCCCAUCCUAUCCGCCUUCCCCGAGGCAAAGUUCUACGCCGCCCCUUACGUCCUCUCCCGAAUCAACAACGAAUACGACCAGAAACGAACCUAUUGGCCGAAUGCUCUGGGGGAGGAACUUGUCCCUGCGACGCCAAGGAAACCAGAUCCCUACCCGUUUAGUUUCUUUUGUUUGGAUGGGGAGGUAGUGGUGUUGUUGGGCCCGGUGCAGGGUGAUAGUGUUGAGCAGACGGUUUUUUGGAUUCCGGGGAAUAGGACGGUGGUUGCGGGGGAUGUGGUUUUUGGGAGGAGUGGGCAUGUUUGGGUCGAAGAAACUGAAUCCCCGAAGCUGCUCGAUGCAUGGCUUAAGACUCUCGAUAUGAUUGAACAGUUGCAUCCGGUCAAGAUUAUCCCCGGACAUAUGGAGGCCGGGUGGGAGUUGGAUGCGGAGGCCGAUUUGGCCCAUACGAGACGGUAUUUGCGUCUGUUUGGUGAGAAGGUGACCUAUGCGUCUGAGAAGAUGGGGGUGAAGGAACUGUAUGAGGUGUUUCGGGAGGCGUUUCCGCAGUGUCGUGAGAAUCUGGAUUUCUUUUUAGGACAUAUGGCGAAUCGGUUUGGGAAGGGAGGAACGGUGUGGGAGGAGAAUCGGCAUCAGGAGAUUGGGGAGAAGAGUUUGGAGGAGUUAAGUGGGUAUUGGUUGGGUUGA